GAGUAUAUUCCAAAUUGUUCCGCACCGAUCACGGAUCACACCUCUCGAGAUCACCACGUAAACAGUGGCAAGAAAUUAGUUCAGCCUUCACAUGAUUCAACAGGCUUGUCAAUGCACUUUUGUACCUCCACCAAUUGCUUGGUAGCAACUGCCAUAGUGCCAUGCAUCUCCAAAAUAAUUCCCCCUUCUCCUUGUUCUUAUCGCACCAUCGUCAGGUUCCAGCCUAUUGCUAGCUUCGUCCUCGGGCCAUGGCUUCCUCUCCUAUCAUUGCACUCUACAUUACCAUCUGCUGUCUCGCAUUCGUGAUGUCGAAGAUCACCAUCUCUUUUCUCCUCUACAAACGAUGGGCGCGCAAGCGUACCAUCAUCGACGACACUCUCUCGAGCGGAAGAAUGGUGAUCUUCAGGUCCCCUGCGACACAGUCUCUGAGCUCAAAAGCUUUCAUGAAGAAGACGAUGAAGCUGUCGAACAAGGACAUCAUAGGUUCCGGUGGCUUCGGUACCGUCUACCGUCUGACCGUCGACGAGAACACUGCCUUCGCGGUGAAGAGGCUGAACAAGGGGAGUAAAGACAUUGACAGCGGAUUCGAAAGGGAGCUGGACGCCAUGGGAGACAUCAAGCACAGGAACAUCGUCUGUCUCCACGGAUACUACAUUGCGCCGCAGUUUAAUCUACUCAUAUACGAGCUGAUGCCCAACGGAAACUUGGACUCUUUUCUCCACGGCAAAUUGAGCAAACAGAGUCCUCUUGACUGGGCCACGAGGCACAGAAUUGCUGUCGGCGCUGCAAGAGGACUAUCGUACCUGCACCACGAUUGCCUGCCUCACAUAAUUCACAGAGACAUCAAGUCGAGCAACAUACUGCUCGACCAAAACAUGGAGGCCAGGGUUUCGGACUUCGGACUGGCGACGCUGAUGCAUGCGGAUCAGACUCACGUGUCCACGGUCGUUGCUGGGACGUUUGGGUAUCUCGCUCCUGAAUAUUUCGAUACAGGAAGAGCAUCGACGAAAGGGGAUGUUUAUAGCUUUGGCGUGGUGUUGCUUGAGCUGCUCACAGGGAAAAGACCCUCAGAUGAAUCAUUCGUAGAGGAAGGCACAAAGUUGGUGACCUGGGUUAGAGAUGUUGUGCAAGACCAAAAAGAAGAGCACGCGGUGGACAGUAGCCUUGGGAGCAACUUCUCCGUUGAGGAAGCCAAGGCAGUCUUUCACAUUGCAAAUCAAUGCCUAGAAGCAGACCCUUCAAAGAGGCCCACCAUGAUCAAAGUUCUUAAAAUGCUUGAGAAAUCACGUUCCAAAUCACUCAACAAUUAGCUGUAUUUUGAGACUAUGGAAAACAUUAUGCAUUUGUACUUUUUUUUUUAAUCUUGAUUAAUAUAUGUGAUGAUAUCUUUUAGUUAAAUAUGCAGAAGUA